CCGGCCUGUUGCUUCCCCUGCAGCUCCAGGUCGGUUUUUCCCGGCGACUCUAGUGUGACUUCCGAACUCCUAGGCUCUUGGCUCAAGUCGGCAUUUGCCCCCGCCCCCCGCCUGCUCCCCCAGAGCCUCAGGAGGUCUCCAGCACCCCAACUGUCGCCUGAGAAGUCCACUCGGGGGCCGCAGGUCUCAGAGCUGCAGGAGGUGGGGGCAGCUAGCGGCGAUGAAGCCGUCUUGGCUGCAGUGCCGCAAAGUCACUGGCGCCGGAGGACUCGGGGGACCUCUGCCCGGGUCCUCUCCGGCUCGCGGGGCAGGCCCGGCCCGCAGGGCUUAUGUGGCCCCCGGCCCGCGGGGCACUCUUGGGGGCCGGGGCUGCCGCGCGCUGUCCUCGGGCGGUGGCGGCGAGUACAAGACCCACUUCGCGGCCUCGGUGACUGACCCCGAGAGGUUCUGGGGCAAAGCUGCAGAGCAGAUCAGCUGGUACAAGCCCUGGACCAAAACGCUAGAGAACAGACACCCUUCCACCAGCUGGUUUGUGGAAGGGAUGCUUAACAUUUGUUAUAAUGCCAUUGAUCGUCAUAUUGAAAACGGGAAAGGAGAUAAGAUUGCUAUCAUCUAUGACAGUCCUGUCACAAAUACGAAAGCAACUAUUACCUAUAAAGAAGUCCUGGAGCAGGUCUCUAAGCUGGCUGGUGUGUUAGUCAAGCAUGGUGUCAAGAAAGGUGACACUGUGGUCAUCUACAUGCCCAUGAUCCCACAGGCGAUAUAUACCAUGCUGGCAUGUGCAAGGAUAGGAGCCAUCCACAGUCUCAUAUUUGGAGGAUUUGCAUCCAAAGAACUAAGUACCCGCAUUGACCAUGCAAAGCCCAAGGUGGUUGUCACAGCAUCAUUUGGCAUUGAACCUGGAAAGAAGGUAGAAUACAUGCCACUUCUAGAAGAAGCGCUCAGAAUAGGACAGCACAGACCAGAUAAAGUUCUCAUUUAUAAUCGUCCGAAUAUGGGGACAGUUCCUUUGGCUCCGGGUCGUGACCUUGAUUGGGAUGAAGAGAUGGCAAAAGCACAGUCACAUGACUGUGUUCCUGUUCUUUCAGAACAUCCGCUAUAUAUUCUUUACACAUCUGGGACAACAGGUUUGCCGAAGGGUGUGGUUAGGCCCACUGGGGGGUAUGCUGUGAUGCUGAACUGGACAAUGUCUUCUAUAUAUGGACUUAAACCUGGAGAGGUGUGGUGGGCAGCUUCUGACUUAGGCUGGGUUGUUGGACAUUCCUAUAUCUGCUAUGGACCUCUUAUUCAUGGGAACCCAACAGUUUUAUAUGAGGGGAAGCCUGUGGGAACACCAGAUGCUGGUGCUUACUUCCGAGUGCUGGCGGAGCAUGGAGUAGCUGCCUUGUUUACAGCGCCGACUGCAAUUAGAGCUAUCCGUCAACAGGACCCUGGGGCAGCCUUGGGGAAGCAGUACUCACUGACAAGGUUUAAAACAUUAUUUGUGGCUGGAGAACGAUGUGAUGUGGAGACCCUGGAAUGGUCCAAAAAGGUCUUCAGAGUACCCGUCUUAGACCAUUGGUGGCAAACCGAGACUGGAUCCCCAAUUACUGCAUCGUGCAUUGGAUUAGGUAAUUCUAAAACACCUCCUCCAGGGCAAGCAGGAAAAUGUGUUCCAGGAUACAACGUUAUGAUUUUGGAUGACAACAUGCAAAAACUGAAGACUCGGUGUUUAGGAAAUAUUGUGGUAAAGUUGCCGUUACCACCUGGGGCUUUUUCAGGACUCUGGAAGAAUCAGGAAGCCUUCAAGCAUUUAUACUUUGAAAAAUUUCCUGGGUAUUAUGACACCAUGGAUGCUGGUUACAUGGAUGAAGAAGGCUAUUUGUAUGUUAUGUCUCGAGUUGAUGACGUGAUCAAUGUUGCAGGUCACAGGAUUUCUGCUGGUGCCAUUGAAGAGUCGGUGCUUUCCCACGGCACCGUGGCCGACUGCGCCGUUGUUGGCAAGGAGGAUCCUCUGAAAGGUCAUGUGCCCUUAGCCCUCUGCGUGUUGAGAAAAGGUAUAAACACAACCGAGGAACAAGUUUUGGAAGAAAUCGUGAAACAUGUCAGACAAAGCAUUGGCCCCGUGGCUGCUUUUCGAAAUGCAGUUUUUGUCAAACAAUUACCCAAAACUAGAUCUGGCAAAAUUCCCCGCUCAGCUCUGUCUGCCCUCGUCAAUGGCAAGCCUUAUAAGGUGACGCCCACAAUCGAAGACCCCAGCAUUUUCAGGCACAUAGAGGAAGUGCUGAAACAGGCAUCCUGACUCUUUUCCAAGUCAAUUUUCUAACCGAAGCCAAGUUUUUUGAAUUAUUUCCCAGAAAUAAAUAUUUAAAUAGAAAGUACUUGCAAAGUGAAAUGUGAAUUGUGAAGCUUGGUCUAAAAAAUGCACUGGAAGAGUAGCGAUUACACCCAAUUAGCAUUGUUAUCCAUUACCUGAAACAUGGCUCAUUAUAAGUUGUCUGGCACUUUGCUUUUAGAAAAAUAGAUUGAAUGUAUAAUUUUUUAAAUAAUUGUACCCUCCCCUAAUAAAAGCAUUUUCAUUGAAAAGGACAUGAAUAUAGAGCCACUUCCUAAAAAUAGGAACCUGCAGGUUUGACCCAAAACCUGAAGCUCAAGUUUAAGUCAGAAAACAAUUACAAUUUUUCUUACGGAAAUUUGGAAUGCUUUCUAAUACUCUUGAGUUGCCCACAUGUGUGGUAAUCACCUAAUCAGCCGAUUCUCUCGGUAGCAGGGCCUGUCUAGUCAUUUCCUGAGGGAAGGCUGGCUUCCUGGGUAGAGCUCUGAGGUCAGGUCAUUUGUCACUUAGGGGAAAGCAGGUGCCUGGAGGUCACCUAAUGCUUUCUCUUUGUCAUGGAGAUGAGGGCCUUUCAUAGCCGCUCCUCCUGUCGCAAGGUCUUAGCUGACUGUGCACUUGGUGAUUUCAGCUUCUAUGGAAACAAGGAGAUGGUGUGGAAAUGGGGUAGACUGGCAAAGAGAGCUCUUCAGGAGAAAAUGUUCAAGUUUUUAUUUUGUGCUAUGAGAAACCGAAAAAAUCAGAUUUUUUAGGUAAAAUCUCUCAUUUGUAAAUAACCCACUAAGAAAACAUGGUGACAUCUGAGCACACCUUUCCAUUUAACCUUCUAUAAAACGAUUGAGAAUUUUUAAAAAUGGAAUAUGAGUCUUUGUUAAUAAGCUUACGGUCCUGUGCCAAUUAACCAAAAUAGAUAUAGAUAAUUAAAUAUUUGAUUUGCAUAGUGUUGGACAUAUUAUCAGUAAUCAAAGAAUAAAUAAAUUUAAACACAAAAAUAUUAACCAUGCCCAUUGAAUCUUUGAGGGGACUCAAAGUAUCCCUUAGUCUUUCAGUGCAUCAGGAACAUUACUUUGAAGAACCGCUGUCCUGAUAUAAUAGUUUGGGUAUAAGAAAUAUGUCUAGAUAAAGAGAAGAUUUACUCGUUUCUUUUAUAAAAUUGCUUACAACCUGUAUCAAGACAUUUUGAAA